GGUUUUCGUGGACUUAGUGCGAAUUUUGCUGUUCAUGUGAAUGGACUGCACAUUCAUUUCGAAUAAAACACACAAAUCAACUUGUCACUGAUGUAAAAUUAAUUAAAAAAAGUGCUCUGGAAUUUAAAUUCAAUUACGAUGAACUCGUUUUGCAUACUAAUUUUUGCAACGCUAUGCUCAAGUGUGGUUUUGGCAGUACCGGAAUCAACUACACAAUCGUCUAUCACAACCAAAUUAUCAGAUCGAGCAUCAUCUGCAAAAGUAAAACGUCAGUUUUCAUUCGGUCGACCACCAAACUAUUCACCCUAUGUUGGAGAUGCUGCACUCGAUGUGGCCCGUCGGAAUCCAGACUCAUAUGCACAAACUAUAAAUCAAGUUGAUCAAAAAGACUUGAAUGGCGACUACAACUAUGCGUAUGAAACCACAAAUGGUAUAAAGGUUCGCCAAACAAGCUACAUGGUUGGAAAUGAUCGCGUUGUUGUUGGCUAUUAUUCUUAUAUUGGGCCAGAUGGAAAAAUUUAUACUACCAACUAUCGGGCGGAUCAAAACGGUUAUAGAGCCAGCGGAUCUCAUUUGCCACCUCAAGACACUGUGCAACCAUUGCCAUUCAAUCCCAGUGCAUCUGGUCCUGCACCAUUUGUAUCAAGUACGCCAGCUCCGUUUAUAUCGAGUACGCCGGGACCGUUUGUAUCGAGUACACCGGGACCGUUUGUGUCACCGACACCUUUUGCAUCACCAUCACCCUACAACGUGCCAUCGUCAACACCGUAUCGAGAACCAUAUCCAUUCAAUGGGGAAUACAAUCCUACCACUGCAUCUCCAAUUGUGUCCUCAUCGACAUUAGCACCGGUUGCGUCUUCGGUAGCACCUUUGUCGCGACGUCCACAUUUUCCAAUUUAUGUACAACCAACGCCACCAUUUCAAGGCUAUGCCUAUAACAAUCCCAGAAUAAAUACACCUUAUUCCGUUGUAUCCCAACAAACACCGGCUCCAUUUUAUUCACCUUCAACGCAGCCACCAAUAAAUAGAUUUUCAUAUGUCACUGCGCAGUCCAACAUCAAUUCGAGAAUUAAUCAUUUCAACUCGAUUCCUUCAUCAACCAGUGCCUACGUCACAGAUGACGAACCCGUUCAAUUUAAAAAGUAUAUUCCACCAAUACCAAUUGUAUCAUCGACUCCAAGACCAUUCAAUAGCAUUGCACCCAAUCAAGGCAAUGAAAUUUUAAUCACUCCGAAGCCAUAUUUCAAUCAACCACGAUUGCCAAAUAGUUUAUCAAUUAACGAAAAUCUUUUGCCGCCACAUCUUUCUGUUGGUCCGCUAAAUUCAUCACCAGAGCUGCGUAAUGGUUUUCGUGGCAAUGUCAAUUUCAUAAAUAAUCCGCCAUUUGAAUUUAAUAGUCAGCCAAGUGUUGCUCCAUUAACUGUGACCAAUUUAAACUAUCGUAAAAAACGAGAUUUCGAUAAGGAGUAGAAAAACACGAGAAACUUUUUCAAUAAAAAUUAAUAUAAUGAAAAAUAUUUA